AUGGCGAGACUCGCCGUACCAGUUAGCGGAUCAACAGUCUGGACCACUAACAAUGGGUACCAGAAGGAAGCGUCAGAGGCCACUCUGGGGGGCCGUCUGGUGGAGACCCUUUUCUCAAGCGGCUCUUCUGCAGCACGAUCUCCGGAGAGGACCGCGCCAUUGCAGGAGGAGGUGGGGUGGUCUGCGCAGGCCCCCACGGACAACAGGCCCAUCCCGGGCUCACAAGGGAAGGCAUACACCUGGAUCGCCAGCACGCCUGAGAGGCACAACCUGAUACCCCACCCGGUCGCCAAGGGCCUGAUGAUCCUCCAGAGUGUGACCAACCGGGACCCCCAACAUAGGAAGGAGAAGCUGUUUGAAAGCCACCACAGCCCCAGCCAGUCUGCUCAGUCCACAGGCCACUGCGACUUUAAGACGAACGAACCUGAAAAUGGCUUCGUGUCCAAAAUGGAAGAGCUGAGAAGGGUGUUCUUCAUGCGACCUGGCUGCCCCCAAUUCAUCACCAGGGCCACAUCUGUGUCCCACGUAGGUUCAGCCACCAUGGUCGAUCUACCCAGGGACGUGUGCAUCAGCUCUGGGAACUGGAGGGUGACUGAGGACCCACUCUUGGACAGGCAGAGCUCAGACACAAGCGAGAAAGGUGAGGGGAACCCAAGUAAGAGUGCCUGUGAGCUGAGCUACCUGCGGAAGGGGAGGCAGCCCCCAACCCUGAGUCCCCUGAGUCCUGUCACCAGCAGCCCCAUGGUGCUCCAGAGCCAACAGGGAAGGAGGGUGCCCUGGUACAUCUCGGUCCUCCAGGAGAAGGAUCACUCCCUGCUCAUUCUGGGAGAGGAGAUCCAGCGCCUUUCGAAGCUGAAGACACUGGUUCAGAAGAAAGACCAGGAGAUCUCGGCGCUCCAAAAGGAGAGAGAGGCCCUGAAGAAGCAGCUGAAAACCCUCUUCAGAAGCAGAAGCCAAGAGGCAUCCACUGCUUUCCCCAGGAAGUCACCACCCCCACCCGACUUGGAGAGUCUGCUGUCCCCUUCCAGGAGGACAGCUGGGAUGGGGCAUUUUCCCAUUGUGGCUCACAGCAGUAUCCCACAGGAGUGGCCCUCAGAGGCUCCGCUGGAGCUGGGGAAGCUGAGAAUCCUGAAGGGCAUCUACAGAGAUAAGGAGGAGCUGCAGCCGUGGGUUCAGACACAAGAGGAGGAGUGUGACAUGACAGAGCAAGGCAAGGAGCCACAGCUGGAGCUGAGUGGGGAGGACCUGUGGGAGCUGCCAGAGGAAGAUGAGCAACCCAGGAGGAGGGUGUACUCUCUGACUGAGUCCUUUGAGGAGGAGCUGCUGGCCCAGCUGGAGGAGUAUGAGCACAUGCUGAUGGACUUCCAGAGCGAACUGGAGAUCACCAGGACCAGACACUCCCUUGCCACAGGAGCCAUCACGUCCUUACAGCGACAAGUGGAUUUCCAAGAAUCCCAGCAGCGAAAGGUCAACACAGAAAAUGAGAUGCUGCAGAAGGAGCUCCGGGAGCGAAAGCAGCAGAUCCAGGCCAUGUCUGACAAGUUCUCCAACCUCCGGGAGGAUAAGAAGCACCAGGAGAUGAUGGGGCUCAUCGAGAAGGAAAACCUCAUCCUCCGACAGAGAGUGUCAGACUUGGAGACAGAGCUCGCUGAAUGCAACCUUACCAUCACCCAACUGAACACCACUGUUGGCAAGCUGCAGGCACAGCUGGACCAGUGCCAGAACCACUUGCAGCGGUGGAAGCAGCUGCAGGAAGACCUGCAUAGCAGGAACGAGAUGAUCCAGCAAGCAGAGCAGCAGGCCCGAGUGGCCCUGGAGAGCGCCCAGUCCAGGCUCGAGAGACUGAGGAAUAAGGUCAUCCAGGCUGCCUUCAGUGUCACCGGAUUCAAGGCCAUGGCCACAGAAAUCUCCGACAACUGCAUCCUGGAUGCCUUGCAGAGGAUCAUCUCAGAGAGAGGUGACUACUAUAACCAGCUGAAGCAGAAAGGGGUCAAAGUGCCCCCCCUGCAGCAGUCCGACACUGUGCUGCCCAGCAAGUCCAAGAAGAUCACCACCAAGUAG